UAACUUGAUACUUAUAAUUAAUAAUAUUAUUAUUAAAAUAUUAAGAUUGGAUUUAUAGUAUGAUUUGUAAAGUAAAACGGUUUAAGACUAAUCGGACACGGGAACAGAAGGUUGACAAAAUGAGUGCAUAAGAGACGACACGGAGAAGAAAAAGAAGUGGAGGUAAAUUGAGCAGAAUGGGGGAAGAAAUAGAGAUUCGUAGAGAUGUGGAGCUUGUCAAUUCUCAGGGUUUGCGGCACUCUCUGGUUCUCUUCUGGAAGGCAAGCUGGAAGGAAGAUCACUAUGAGCUUACGAUUGAUGCCAACAGAUCUCGUAUGAUUGGUUGUGAUGAAGAAGAUACAACAACACUAUUACCUUACCAGACUCGCUUUGCCAAAUCUGUUAUUUCACUGUAUGACGGUGAAGAAGAAUACCCUAAGGGAGUAAUUGAGCGCGUAUACGAGAACGGGAGGCCAGAGAUUAGUCCUGACAUCAAAUAUUACUCUGAAGAAGAAUACCCACACCGAGAGUUUGCUCUUUCUUGCGGCAUUCGUGCUUCUUUCUGUUUCCCUCUCAAUUUCGAACAUGGGGUUAUGGAAAUAGUUUCCACUCGCAACCAGGACGUUGGAACACUCGAGACAUUUUGUAAAUCUUUAGAGCAUUUGAGCGGCUUCAGAUAUAACUUCAGAGACCACGAAUUGUUGCAGGAUUGUAGAAACUCGGUAUUGGAGGUGGUGUUGGAGGCGGUGUGUCAAAGAUUCGAUUUACCUCUUACUCAAUACUGGUACGAUGAUGACGAUGACUACAACUUGCUACGCCAAUUCGGUGAUGGCAAUUCUGAAGUCUUAGCAUCUUGGUUUCAGUUCAAAGAUGUUUAUUUGCACAUGCGCUUUCAUUGCCUACUUGGCUACUCAAAUGAAUCAGCCAGAGCCUUUUUCUGCAACAAUAUAUCAGCUUUAAGCAUUACUGAUUACCCCUUGGCACAUUAUGCACGAAAUUGUGGGUCAAUUGCUUGUUUUACAAUCAACUUGUUUAGUUUACUAGAAAAAGAAGAGAUAAAAGAAGAAGAAGAAGAAGGAGAAGAAAAAGAAAUAGAAGGAGAAGAAAAAGAAAUAGAAGAAAAGGAAAUAGAAGAAGAAAUAGAAGAAGAAAUAGAAGCAUAUGCACUCCAAUUCUUUCUGCCUUCUCAGGAAAUGGACAAUGAGUACCCUCAAAACUUGUUGAAUCCCAUAUGGACUAUAGUUAAGGAAUCUCUUGCAAAUUUUAAGCUUGAUGCAAGAGAAAGAGAAAAUCUAGAAAAAGUGCUAUCAGUCAAGGUUAUCAACUCUUCUUCUACCCAAACUGAACCCGCUUCAUUUGAACUUGGUCAACCCCAAAGCUCUCUUCCUCACUGUGAUGGCUCAGAGCUUACUCCCACUUUAAAAAUGUUUGAGAAAGGUCCUGCUCAAAAUAGCAAUUCAAAUUCUUAUGAAGAGGCUGCGGUAGUGGAAACGUCAAUAUUAAAUGAAGCUUCCCAGCCCAGGAGAUCUGAAGAAUACUUCAAAACAAAAGGGAAGACCAUGGCUCCUGAGAGAGUAGAUACUCAUGUCGAAGUGUCACCUGAUGAAGACGUUGAACCUGUGACCCCUGCAUCAAAACGAUUGAAGAAAUCUAAAAUACCUUGUACUCUAGAGAAUAUCAGUAAGCAUUUUGGAAGACCAAUAAAAGAUGCAGCAGAGAGCUUCGGUUUGAGUGUAUCGACAUUCAAGCGCAGAUGUAGAGAUGUUGGUAUUGAAUGGUGGGAGUCUAGAACGAAUCACAAGACAGAUGGUAAAUCGGGGGUAAAAAACUGUUCAUUAGACACGUCUAGUUUGCCAAAUAGACGUGUUGUUAUUCAUUCAAGCCAAGACUUAAAUAUGAUGUCCGUAAAGAUCACGCAUGAAGCUAAUACCAUAAGGUUUGAACUACCUAGUUCAUUUGAAGAGUUGGAGAAUAUUGUGAUUAAGAAGCUGCACUUGGAUAGAAAAAGUUUCAGUCUCAAGUAUCAAGACGACGAGGAUGACUGGGUUGACAUGACUUGCGAUGAGGACGUACGGGAAUGUGUGAAAGUUUGGGGAUCAUUUAAGAAACCAACAAUCAAAAUGAAGCUUGGUCCCCCUAUUAACAGCUAUCCAGGUUGAAGAAAGAAUGUGCUACUCGUUUGUUUUUCUUUGCUACUCUGUUGUUUGUUUUUCUUUUUAGGCAAAAACAUUUUAGUACUAAUCAACUAUGAUCAAUUGAUGGGUGAAAUAUAUAAUUAUUUCGUAA